AUUAAAACUGAAUCCAUUAAACAAUAAUUAUGAGCACCAACGGCAAGGUGGACAUAAAUGGAUGGCCCAUUUGUUACGAAAAAUUUGGCACCGGUGCUCACAUUAUGCUAUUAAUUCCUGGCGCUAUAGGGACGGGUCGGACAGAUUUUAAUGACUUAUUAUUUGGUGAAAAUGCGCUGAAUAUGAAUGCGUUGACAAUAGUGGCGGUAGAGCUGCCGGGUUGGGGCCGAUCCCGGCCUCCCAUCAGACAAAUCGGACGCAAUGUGUUUAAGAACGACGCCGAGUGUUGUGUCCAACUAAUGGAGUCAUUGGGUUAUAACAAGUUCUCUGUGUUGGGCUGGUCUGAGGGGUCGAGAGUGGCACUGGUAUUGUCGGCCAAUUACCCCGACUCAGUGACAGAUAUGAUUGUUAUGUCUCUACCA